CUUGUUUGCAGGUGCAUCUCCGGCUUUGUAGGUGCGAACGUCUUUGUGCGGGCGGACAAAUGGGGAGAGGAGGGGGAGGGGGAGGAGGAGGAGGAGGAGGAGGAGGAGGGCGCUGCUGGAGCCGCUGGUGCCUCUCCUGCCGCCGCUGCCGCUGGUGCGACGACGUAAGAUCCACCUCAGCUCAACUCCCCUCGCAUCCCAGCCAGCACUUCCUCACUUCCUCGAGUGGCUGCCCGCCGCACACCGCUUGCUGCUGCUGCUGCUGCCGCUGCCUCCUCCGCCGGGGGGCUUGAUCGAGCCGCAGCUCGGCUUUCCCCGCUCCGGGACUGCGGGCGGGGGGGCUCCCCGGACCCGCCACUCGCCGGGAGGGGCUGGAUGGUUACCCCGGGCAGGCUGGUUCCAGGAUGUUAGGGACCGUGAAAAUGGAAGGGCACGAGACGAGCGAUUGGAACAGCUACUACGCCGACACGCAGGAGGCCUACUCGACGGUGCCUGUGGGCAACAUGAACUCUGGCCUGGGCUCCAUGAACUCCAUGAACACCUACAUGAGCAUGAACGCCAUGACCACCAGCGGCAACAUGACGUCGGGCUCCUUCAACGUGUCCUACGCCAACCCCAGCCUGGGCGCGGGCCUGAGCCCUGGGGCGUCGGGGGGCGCCAUGAACAGCAUGUCGGCCAUGGGUUCGGCGCUCAGCCCCGGCGGCAUGAACGCGAUGGGCAGCCCGCAGGCCUCUCUGAACGGGCUGGGCGCUUAUGGGGCCAUGGGUCCUCCGUGCAUGAGCCCCAUGGGGUAUGCCGCGCCGUCGCUGAGCCGCGGCGGGCGGGACGCCAAGAGCUUCAAGCGCAGCUACCCGCACGCCAAGCCACCCUACUCGUACAUCUCGCUCAUUACCAUGGCCAUCCAGCAGGCGCCCAGCAAGAUGCUCACGCUGAGCGAGAUCUACCAGUGGAUCAUGGACCUGUUCCCCUACUACCGCCAGAACCAGCAACGCUGGCAGAACUCCAUCCGCCACUCGCUCUCCUUCAACGACUGCUUCGUCAAGGUGGCGCGCUCGCCCGACAAGCCUGGCAAGGGCUCCUACUGGACGCUGCACCCGGACUCGGGCAACAUGUUCGAGAACGGCUGCUACCUGCGCCGGCAGAAGCGCUUCAAGUGCGACAAGCAGCCCGGAGGCGGCAAAGCGGGACAAGGUGCCGUCGGAGGAGGAGGAGGUGGUGGCGGCGGCGGCGGCGGCGGCAACGGCAGCGAAGGCAGGAAAGACCCCGGAGGAGGAGGUUCGCCUUUGCACCGAGGCGCCAAAGGAGGCCAGCUAGAGUCCGCCCCUUCGAAUCCCGGCUCAGGCAGCCCGCAAGGCCUGGACCACAGCGGGAGUGGAGCUGAGCUGAAGCCGUCGGUGGCUUCGGCUGCUGCGGCGGCGGCUGCUGCUGCCGCAGCAGCGGUGGCAGCGGCCUCUGUGCCCCCCGGGCCGAGCUUGGCCUCGCUGGGUCACCCGGGCCACUCUCUGGGUCACCACGAGUCUCAGCUGCACCUCAAGGGCGACCCGCACUAUUCCUUCAACCACCCGUUCUCCAUUAACAACCUCAUGUCCUCCUCCGAACAGCAGCACAAGCUGGACUUCAAGGCUUACGAGCAAGCGCUGCAAUAUUCCUCCUACGGGGCCGGGCUGCCGGGAGGGCUGCCUCUGGGCAGCGCGUCCAUGGGCGGCCGGGGAGGCAUUGAGCCCUCGGCCCUGGAGCCGUCCUACUACCAAGGUGUGUAUUCCAGACCCGUCCUAAAUACGUCUUAGCUGGCAGGGACUCGAGGGCGCACCGAGCAGAAAUCUUCCUCCCCAGCAGGGCUGGUUGGUUUUGCCUCUCCCAUCCUCCCCCUUCUCCUAGAUCUCUCAGCCGAAACUGACGGUGCGUUUCCCCCAACACCAUCCCUGCGAGGCGGGGGAAGCAAAAGGAGAAGGGGGGAGAGCAGAAGAAAGGACUGUUACUUUAUUAUUGUUAUUGUUAUUAUUAUUGUAUAACCCACCCACCCCAAAUGCAUCGUGUUUAUUCUAUUUUGGCCUGGAAAGUCCAGCAAAUCGCAUCCAACUCCGCAAAUGGAUACUGUAUAUACGCCCACCUUCCCUCGCCAUGACCACGAAAGAAAGAUUGAUUUCCAACCUGUAAAUUAUUAUUAUUAUUGGUGGAUUCCUGUCCCGCCCCCAACUUUAACUUUCUUCAGUGUAAUCUCACCAGAUUUAGUACCUUAACCAAUAAAAGGAGGCCUAAGAAGAUGCCUUAUUCUAGUGAGUCAGAGUCAGACCUCUGGCUGCAAGGUCUCAAGACUGAGCUGUUCCAAGUCCCCCCCAUCCAGCCCAGCCUUUACAUAGAUAGACAAAUAAAUAAAAGGCAGAAUGAGGUGGAACCGGGGGCCUUCUCUGCAGGCACAGGCCUCUCCAGCUAAAGUCCCAAAUGGAGAGGUUUAAGUAAAAUUUAAAUUAGGAAGUCCUCCAGGGACAGGCGAUACAGUGCUGAACAUCUAAGUAUACACAAAAAAAAACAUAUACAAAAAAAGCCAAGAGAGUCCUUGAACAGAACAGCCCCAGGUCCCACCUGAGAGACUUGGGGAAAGUAAAUCUCCUAACCAAGCCAGAGUUGAUCUGGCUGGUUCGGAAUGGCUCCCUUGGGAGAGAUAGGUCACACGCACAUGGACCGUAGGGCCUGAUCCUGAACCCCCUUGCCCUGACUCUGCAAAGUGACAGGGGUCGCGGCUGGAUAUGGAUGCAAAGUCGCACAGGUCGCAGUCGUUUAAUUUCCCCCCUCCCUCCCAAGCUGUUACUAAAGCGUCUCCUUCACCGGGAAGCGCCCUGGCCACGUGGACGGGCGGUUAUUUAAUCCCAGGACCCCUUCCCCGCCGCGUGCGUUCUAGAACCAUAUUUAUCCGAACAACAAUAAUUAUUGUCGUUCUCCUCUCCCUCCACCGAAUAUUUUAAGAUAGAAGGGAUUCUCUCCCUCCCUCUCCUCUUCAUCAGAUCACUCUAUGACAUAGCUGCCAAGUUUUCCCUUUUCUCGCGAGGAAGCCUAUUCAGCAUAAUGGAAAAUCCCUUAAAAAGGGGAUAACUUGGCAGCUAUGCUCUAUGACCAGCCAUGAUUCUGCCCCUCUCGAAUUUCUUGUGGCCGCUUAAUUAUCGCCGUUGUUAGCACGUUCAUUCAGUGUUAAUGCACUUUCCACCGUUUUUUUACACGAUGUUUUGGCCUAGCCAGACGGGUUGCUUCCCUUCCUCCCGCCCCCCUUCCCCUCCUUGUUCGCUUUCACGACGUCCUUAAUUUAUUUGCACGGUUUUAUUACUUUCUUUCUUUACAGCUUGAAAGUGCUUUUAAAUAACGGUUUUAAAAAAUGACACACACCAUUUAAAAGAAAAUAAAAAAAUAUUAAUUUUAUAAUAAAUGUGAUUGUAAUUGAAAAAAAAUAUGUUUUGAUUUUUUUAAAGGAAAAAAUGACAAUAUAAGCAGCGACGUAUGUUUUUGGGUUUUUUUGCACCCCCUUUCUCUCUCUCUCUCUCUCUCUCUCUCAUUUGCAGUUAAGGACUUUAAAUAAAUCGAAUAUUAUCAACGAGAGAAUUUUUUGGGUUAUUUUAUUUUGUUCCAUUAUUGGGUAGGAUGACUACCUCUAUAUUAAUUAAAUGGUCUGAAAUAGAAAGAGAUGGAGGGGGUAAACAAAAGAUGUUGGUUCCCCCUCCCCUUUCCUAGCUGAUAAAUUAGGAGCUCACAGGGGCUUCUGUGAUGCAGAAUAGGGAUGGCCACAACCCAUUCUUAGUAGACGCACAUUAAAUAUAUAUUUUUAAUGUACUGAAUAUCUAACAAGCAGCGCAUUCCUACAGGGCGAGGGGAGUCUAUCACAAACUUAAACCUUCUCUCCUUAUGUAUGGGAAGAAAAAAGAGCACCCGAUCUGCCCUAGAUUGCAUUAAAGGGAUACUGUUAUUGUUUCCUCCCAGCAGAGAAAUGUUGGUUUUAAUUUGGGAGAUAGGGUUGUGGUUCUACUAUUGUAAUGUGAAUUAUCGAGUGAUGAAGUCCCCUCACCCCUCUAUUUUACAUUAACAAAAGGCUCAAGUUUUAAUCGACCACCAUAAGAACACGGGUGCGAAAUGCCUGCAGCAACCCAAACAGGGAUGUUGCCAAUGGCUUUAGUGAGAAAUGGGUUGGAUUCACUUAGCGAGUUUUAAAAAUAUAAGCUGUGUCGGUUGCUGAAGCUGGCUCUGUUGCCCUCGCUUUCUUGUUCACUGGAAGGAGGCUUUGCAGUUUGGUGGUGAAUUCUAGUGUGCAGUUUUCCUAAGUCUUUGCUGAGGAACGCCUUGUAGCUUCACUUUGUAGUGGAAUUUAGCGCCAAGUUAGCAAAAGAGGAGG